CACACUCUCCCCACCCCAAUAUAAACAAAUGGGAGCAAAAUCUUUUCUAGUUUCAGCUACCAUUUUUUAUCUUCUCUUAUUUGGAUGCUUUGCCACGGCUGCAACGCGGUCAGGCAAGAGAAUCCUGGCCAGAACCCCUUGCAAACGACUGGUGUUUUAUUUCCACGACAUCAUCUACAAUGGUCACAAUUCCCGCAAUGCAACUGCAGCCAUUAUUGGAGCCCCCGCUUGGGGCAACAGGACCGUAUUGGGUGGACAAAACCAUUUUGGAGACUUGGUUGUGUUCGAUGAUCCAAUAACUUUGGAUAACAAUCUACAUUCUACCCCAGUUGGUCGCGCGCAAGGCUUCUACAUCUAUGACAAGAAAGAUAUAUUCACAGCUUGGCUUGGUUUUUCCUUUGUGCUUAAUUCCACAGAGCAUAAAGGCAGUAUAAACUUUGCCGGAGCUGAUCCGUUAAUGAAUAAAACGAGGGACAUUUCGGUGAUUGGUGGCACGGGGGACUUCUUCAUGACUAGGGGGGUUGCCACUCUCAUGACUGAUUCAUUUGAGGGGGAAGUAUACUUCCGGCUACGAGUUGACAUAAAACUGUAUGAAUGUUGGUAACGAGUUCAACUCUAAUUUGAUUUAAUUUCUUUUCGAUGCCUUUUUCGUAUUGUUUCUUUGAUGUUUAAUUGUUUCUUAUUGUAAGAAAAAGGACUCAUGGCGUCCAAGAUGACGUACCAUGGGAUUUGUUCUAUUUGUAAUUGCUGGCUCAACUUUGAGUACACAUCUUUGUUCCUUAAGAAUGUGAACUUUCUAUUGCCUGA